AUGUACCGCUAUCCUCACAACACGCUCCAUGCCAAGAGGCCACCCAGAAACCACCUCAACGGUGCCCGCUCUACCGUGCUCAUCCCCGCCGCCCGACUGCUCUGGCUCGCGAGCGCCGCCGUUGCGAUCGUACGAGUCACGGUUGCGAUGGGAGGGGUGUAUUGCGUGAGACCGGUCCAUUGGGUUCGCGAGAUGGUUUGUCCGGAUGUCCAAGACGCCUCGUAUGGGCCGCUGGUCGCAUCAGCGCCGAUCGGAAGCCUUGAAUCGAGGUAUGUUGGGCGCCCGAAGACUCAUGUAGUGGUGGCAACAGCUAUAAUGCUCGAUGCGCCCGUCACAUUUGUUCCUCUCGGCGAACACAACUCGGUCAUAUUCCUCAACCACCCAUUCGCCAUACCCGCAUUGAUGAGCGUUCGCCCUCUAAACUCCUGCUGUCCUGUUGGGACGGCGGGGAGGGUGGUACCAUUCGCAGAGCCAAUCGGUCGCUCGCCACCUGCACUUGUGUCAGCUCUGACCACUCCGCGUGUCUUCUCAGCCGUACCAUUCGCCACAAUGCAAUUAAGGCAUCCAUUGAGCUGGUUAAAGUUGGCUUGGUUGCAUAUGUUGUUACACGGCUCGGCCCCGACCGCGGUACCGUUGGGAAAGGUGCUCUUAGCUAAUAACGGAGAAGCAGCCAUCAAGGCAUGGCAGCGGGGUGCUCGCGCAGUACAACAUGUUUUAGCGUUAGGACGGAUCAGUAAAACAGCUUCGGUGUGUGCAGGUCUUUCGACCAUUCUCACUGGGGCUGUCGGUGAGGGAAUCGAACGUUGGAAUCUCGGCAGGCGACAGAGUGCGGGAGCGGCUCGGACAAGCCCAGCUCGUCGGAUCUUGACCAUUCCUGUCGCUUGGCCAGCUAGUAGCGGAUGGGUAGCAGGGGCAAGGCGGGUGCUAUGGCAAGAUCAGCCUAACUUUGCGUUACAAGAGUCCGUUCAAUAA